UGGAGCAUCAUGGGUGAUGGCCCCGGAUAAGGCGGUGGUGCUGUAGCAAGGCGAGCCUUGGUUUGGCGUCCAUUAGACGACUCGCUCGGAGCUCAGCCGGGAAGCUCCCCAGACACUGGAGCAAGUGUGAAGCCGGAGAAGUUUCCGCUAUCUCAAGUCUGUCCACUUCUCCAAGGAGCUACCGGCAGGCUUCUGGGCCAUGUGUCCCCCAGUCAGCGUUCGCCAUGGGGCCAAGGGCAUGUCUUGCCUCUAUGCGGCCUGGCUCUACCAGCUUGUCCACGGAGACCAGAUGAAGAUCUGCUUUGCUUGCUUCAAGGCAGCUUUCCUGGUAGUUAAGAACAUGCUGGAGAUGGGAGACUGGGACGAGGAAGAGUGGAGUGCUGAGCCCAUGGAACUCUCGGAGGCAGGACCUGAUUCGGAGCAGUGGGCAGGCUUUAGCUGGGGAGAGGGGCAAGGGCAUCUGCCGCAUGGCACUCCUGUCUCUACAGGUCCUGGUAUCCUGACACCAGGCCCUGUAGGGACAGAGGGGAUAGCACUGGGACCCCAGCCUGUACCCACUGAGCUGGGGCCUCAGGAAGCUGUACCCCUGGACCUGGGCCCUGAGGAUGCUGAGUGGACCCAGGCCCUUCCCUGGAGAUUUGAUGGUCUUUCUCCCUGCUCCCACUGGCUUAUCCCCCCUUUAUCCUGGUGGGAUAUUUUCAGUGUAAGCCCAUCUCCUGGGCAACCUGUACUGUUGGAGUUGAGCCCCAUCUGGCCCAUGGAUCCGUUGGAAGCAGAAGCCUGGUUGGUAGACCUGAAGUUCGUCUUCCUGUUGGGUGGCUUCGAUGCCAUCUGCUACCUGCUGUCAAUGACUCCCUGCUGGGCUGUGAGGACCCGGGUCCAGCGCUGGCAGAUGUUGCUGGAUCCUGGUGAGGUGAGGGUGGCUCAGCUACAGAAUGCACCUGAACAGCAGGACCUGAACCGCUGGAAGCUGAGCAUCCUGGAGUCCUCGGAGCUGGGGGUGGAGAUGGUGCCCGCUGACUGCAGCCUGCGGAAGGGAGGCUUCAAGGUGCACUCCUACCUGCCCUGGCACAAUAGCACCCCGGAGGCCUGGAGCAGGGAACCAGGGGAGAGGCUGUUUAUCAUGGAAGUUAUUUCUCUGAGGGAGCUGCCCUGCUUCCGCUCCCCCUCCCCUGAUUCACACAACUGAGGGAAUGAUGCUCAGGCAGCCUCCAUUGUCCUUCCUGUACCAGGGCUCCAGGGACUGUGAAGUGCCAGAGGUUGCCUGUCCUCAUCCACAGGUCCAGGAGGAUGUCCAUCAUCUUUAGGGGAGGGCCUCAGAGAAUCCUGGCUGAGUUGUCCUCAGUUGACUGUUCAGUGUUGGAGGGUAAGGCCCUGCUUCAUGUGUAGGGGGAAGACUUGUGUACCAAGUAUUAUGGGGGACUUAGGUGUAGGUGAGGACACAGGAAAUGUGGCAACACCAAGUCAGGUGUGGUUGACCCACGCAUGUUCUGAACUUGACUUCUUCUGAGAGGCCACGAGUCCUGGUUUCAGAGUUGACUGUUAAUGCUGUUCGUUCAUUUUCUGCCCUGUGCACGUUUCUGUUUAAUAAAGUUGUUAACAUUUUCA